GCUCGACCAAUCUUCUGUCUUCUCCGAACCUUGUUAAGUUUUGUGUGAUCAAAACUCAACAUUACUCCAAAUAUGUAAUCUCCCAAAAGCUUGGCUCCAGAUUCUGACUUUCCCUUGCUCGACCAUUUUAUCCCGAAGGGCGGGUUAUCAUAUAUCUACCGAGAAGAACCAACACUGACAAACCAAUGUUAUCAUUAGCUAUUUGAAUGAGGAUGUCGUAACCUUUGACACAUUUUAACUUUAGAUGUUUUUCUCACAUAUACAAUCUUUGGUUCAAAAGCCAACUCCACUGAAAGAAUUCUCCUCAUGGUUCUACUGACACCUGAUGAAGCUACUGUAUCACUAUGCCACCAAACAACACACACAAAAAAAACCACAAACCUUGGGCGGCAAUGGGUAGUUGGAUGCUAAAGGUUGUCCUCCUAUGUCCAAGCUAACAGGAUUGUGCCUUAGCUCUAGGAACCUCGAGCAAAGUCUCGAUGCCUUCCUCAAUGGAUUUAGGCACUAUAAUCAUUGGAGGAUUCAUUUUGAACAAGCCUCUAGCCGCUACAUACAUUAAUUGCGGUGCGGUUUUAACAGUUAUAAAAACGUAUAGAUAUAUAGUAUAUGUAGAGAUUUUUGUUACUGUUAACUGCGGGGCGAGGCGGUUCGUAACAUUCGAAGCCUAAGUUAGUAAUCUAUCACUCUAUGUACAGUUCAAGAUUAAGGGCUUGGGAUUCUUCUUUGUCAACCUUUUUAGUCCAGAUGAUCAACAGCACCAUCUUAAAGUUGUAGCAUCCGUAGUUACAUCAAAAGAAUACUCUCUCUGUUCCCAAAAGUAAGAUUUUUUAGAGUAUGGACGCUUAUUAAUAAUUUAAUAAAUAUUUAUAAUUUAAUUUAUCUUUUACUUUAUUAUACACUUUUCAAUAACUUUCCACCAAUGAAAUUUAAUUAAUUCAAAUAUUCUCAAUUAAUGUUUUUCAAAAGUAUAAAAAAAUACCUUAACAAUAUAGAAAAUCUAUCUUUGUGGAACAAGAAAAAAUUCUAAAAAAAUCUUAACUUGGAGUAUUGAAUGAGAUAUCAUUUAUUUAUUAAAAUAAAAUGAAAAUUUGCUGGUUUCUUCACCAAAAUUAAGCUAUUUAGUACAAGCAAAAAAAAAAAAAAACGAUAACAGUUGAAUAUAAUUUACACGUAUUUAAUGUGCAUAUUCAGCAAAUGUUACCCUUUUUACUUUAAUAGUAUUAAUUAAUUUUCCUUCGAUCUGUUUUCUUUCUCGCUCUCUAACCACCAGAAAGAGAGAGAAGAAGAAGAAGGAAGCAGAAUCUAUCUUUCACAAUCACUCUCUCUCUCUCUCUCUAUUUCUUAAUCGCUCCGCCGCGCCACCACCGUCACUGAGAUGCGGCGGUGUAAAAUCGGCGAAUUCAUCUCCGUGGAAACGAUGAGGUUUCUGGCGUUUCUCCUGAUCUGUAGUUUCCAUCUUGCCUUCUCCGCCGAGUCCGAUAUCGGGACUGAGUCAGUUGCCACACGCGAGAUCAACGGAAACGCCGCCGAGUCCAAUGCGACGAACGCGAAACCUAAGGAGGACAGUUUCGCCGAUAUGAUCGAUAGGGCACUUGAGAAGGAGUUUCCGGAGAAUGACCAGAACGAUGUUCCUGAUCCAGGAAGCUUUAAUAAUAGCGUUGCUGAUCAGCAGGCUGUUCUGGAAACUGUUGCUCGAGUGAAGCCCAAGAAAAAUGAGACCAAGACCAAGGAGGAGAAAUCAUUCUUUAAUUUGGAUAACGAGAAUGGCGUAGAAGAUACUCCAAGACUGAUAGAUAGGAAGGACAACGUUUUUAUCAUGUCCAAUCCAAAGUCCAAGUACCCUGUACUGCAGCUAGAUUUAAGGCUGAUAUCAGAUUUGGUCGUCGUCAUUGUUUCUGCUACUUGUGGUGGAAUUGCAUUUGCUUGUGCUGGUCAACCGGUCAUUACUGGGUAUCUGUUGGCUGGAUCUAUCAUUGGACCGGGUGGGUUAAGCUUUGUUAGUGAAAUGGUGCAGGUUGAAACAGUAGCUCAGUUUGGUGUAAUCUUUCUUCUUUUUGCUUUAGGAUUAGAAUUUUCUGCAGCAAAGCUUCGUGUAGUUCGUGCAGUAGCUAUUCCAGGAGGUCUUCUUCAAAUAUUUUUGUUCAUGUGCUUGAGUGGGAUAACAGCCUCGUUAUGCGGUGGUAAACUAACAGAAGGAAUAUUCGUAGGUGCUUUUCUUUCGAUGUCGUCAACAGCGGUGGUAUUGAAAUUUUUAAUGGAAAAAAAUAGCAUAAGUGCUCUACAUGGCCAGAUAACCGUUGGAACACUUAUCCUUCAGGAUUGUGCUGUGGGUUUGCUUUUUGCUCUCCUUCCGGUUCUUGGUGGCACAUCUGGGGUCCUUCAAGGAAUGUUGUCCAUGGCUAAAUCGCUGGCUAUUUUGAUUGCGUUUUUGGCUGCUUUGUUUGUACUGUCACGUACCUGGGUACCUUGGUUUCUAAAACUUAUGACAAGCCUUUCUUCUCAGACUAACGAGCUCUACCAGUUGGCCGCUGUAGCAUUUUGUUUGCUUGUUGCUUGGUGUAGUGACAAGCUCGGUCUAAGUCUUGAGCUGGGUUCCUUUGCGGCAGGAGUGAUGAUCUCAACAACGGAUCUCGCCCAGCAUACUCUUGAACAAGUAGAACCAAUCCGCAAUUUUUUUGCAGCGCUGUUCCUUGCUAGUAUUGGAAUGUUGAUACAUAUGCACUUCUUGUGGAACCAUGUUGAUAUUCUGGUAGCAGCUGUGUUACUGGUGAUAGUGAUAAAGACCGUGGUCGUUGCAAUCGUUGUUAAGGUCUUUGGAUACAAUAACAAAACUGCAGUACUUGUUGGAAUGUCGCUUGCGCAGAUUGGGGAAUUUGCUUUUGUUCUGCUAAGUCGAGCAUCUAAUCUUCACCUUAUUGAGAGCAAACUGUACCUCCUGCUUCUGGGAACAACUGCUCUAAGCCUGGUAACGACACCAUUUCUAUUCAAGUUGAUACCGGCCGUUGUACAUUUAGGAGUGCUCUUACGGUGGUUCUCUCCCGAUAGCUCAACUGAGAUUGGUUUCAAAGGAGGUUUGUAUCGUUCAGAGAGUGCAAAGCUUAUAUCACAAAUGAUCCAAGGUUCUCUUCACGAUUCUUGAUGUUGAUUUCCGUAGUUGACACGACAACAUCAAAAAGCCACAUUUGAUCUCAAGCUAGGGAAAGGCGAUGAAUGGGGAGCCGUCGAUUGUGUUCCGGAUGUAUAGAUGUUUCUGAGAGAUCAAGCCGAAGAGGAAACCGUAUAAAAUCUCUUACACGAAGAUAACCACUACACAGAUUUGUAACUUUGCUUCAUUAAGUUUUGAAACAAUCUUCAACGUAUUGUAAUGAUACCAACCUAUAAAACUAAAAUCUCUUACAUAAAGUGCUUUCUUGAGUUAAUAGACUAUAGAGUACAACAACAAAUACAAUGUAAUCAAACAAUAUGAAAGAGAGAAAAAAUAUGAAUCAAUGUUUCUUUAACA